ACAUCACGCAGAAGGGAUACGAAAAGAAGAGAUCAAAAUUAAUUGGGGCCUACCUGCCACAACCUCCUGCAGCGAAUGGAGCUGCCGCGGUACGGUGUAGACUGCAACACAGUGAAGGAGCUGCAAGAAGAAUGCUCCGCACUGCCAACAUUGGUGUCUGUGACAUCCGGGAAGCGGCCGCUAGAGAGCGAGCAGCCAGCACGGCAGGAAACCGGCCUCUCUUUUAUUUUCGUUUUGGGGUGGACCAGGCAUUACCCCAAGAACGCCGAACUCCGGUUACUCCGUCCUCGUCGUCUCGGUAUCACCGCCGCAGGUCCUCAGGGUCACGGGAUGAGCGCUACAGAUCGGAUGUCCACACAGAAGCAGUUCAAGCAGCCCUUGCUAAACACAAAGAAAGAAAAAUGGCAGUCCCCAUGCCCUCAAAACGACGUUCAUUGGUGGUGCAAACGUCAAUGGAUGCCUACACACCUCCAGAUACUUCUUCUGGUUCAGAAGAUGAAGGCUCCGUACAGGGCGACUCCCAGGGAACUCCCACCUCAAGUCAGGGGAGUAUAAACAUGGAACACUGGAUCAGUCAAGCGAUCCAUGGCUCUACCACGUCGACCACUUCCUCCUCCUCAACACAAAGUGGAGGCAGUGGUGCUGCCCACAGACUAGCUGAUGUUAUGGCCCAAACGCAUAUAGAUGUUACCACUUACACCUCAGAACACUCAAUACAAGUAGAAAGACCACAAGGAUCAACAGCACGGGUGGCACCAAAGUAUGGGAAUGCUGAACUUAUGGAAACUGGUGACGGAGUACCAGUGAGCAGCAGAGUGUCAGCAAAGAUUCAGCAGCUGGUCAAUACUCUAAAACGGCCCAAACGACCACCAUUACGAGAGUUCUUUGUAGAUGACUUUGAGGAAUUGUUAGAAGUUCAACAGCCAGAUCCAAACCAGCCAAAGCCAGAAGGAGCUCAGAUGUUGGCCAUGCGUGGGGAACAGUUAGGUGUGGUUACAAACUGGCCGCCCUCUCUGGAAGCAGCUUUGCAGCGAUGGGGAACCAUCUCACCGAAAGCUCCUUGCCUAACCACUAUGGAUACCAAUGGGAAACCACUCUAUAUCCUCACUUAUGGUAAGCUUUGGACCAGAAGUAUGAAGGUUGCUUACAAUAUCCUACAUAAAUUAGGCACAAAACAAGAACCAAUGGUACGACCAGGAGACAGGGUAACACUUGUCUUUCCUAACAACGAUCCUGCUGCUUUUAUGGUAGCAUUUUAUGGCUGCCUCCUUGCGGAAGUUGUCCCUGUCCCUAUUGAAGUGCCACUUACGAGAAAGGACGCCGGAAGCCAACAAAUAGGUUUUUUGCUUGGGAGCUGUGGCGUUACUGUGGCCUUGACAAGCGACGCAUGCCAUAAAGGACUGCCUAAAAGCCCCACAGGGGAGAUACCCCAGUUUAAAGGCUGGCCAAAGCUGCUGUGGUUUGUCACGGAGUCGAAGCAUCUCUCUAAGCCGCCUCGCGACUGGUUCCCACAUAUCAAGGAUGCAAACAAUGACACAGCUUACAUUGAGUACAAAACCUGUAAAGAUGGCAGUGUGCUUGGGGUGACCGUGACGAGGAUUGCGCUGCUGACGCACUGCCAGGCUCUGACACAGGCGUGUGGAUACACGGAAGCUGAAACAAUUGUGAAUGUAUUAGAUUUCAAGAAGGAUGUUGGUUUAUGGCAUGGGAUUCUUACAAGUGUCAUGAACAUGAUGCAUGUUAUAAGUAUUCCAUAUUCCUUAAUGAAAGUGAAUCCGCUAUCAUGGAUACAGAAGGUCUGUCAAUACAAAGCAAAAGUUGCUUGUGUAAAAUCCAGAGACAUGCACUGGGCAUUGGUGGCACAUCGAGACCAGCGAGACAUCAACCUUUCCUCCCUGCGCAUGCUAAUAGUGGCUGAUGGAGCAAACCCAUGGUCUAUUUCUUCCUGUGAUGCAUUUCUCAAUGUCUUCCAAAGUAAAGGUCUCAGACAGGAGGUCAUUUGUCCCUGUGCUAGCUCACCAGAAGCUCUCACUGUGGCCAUUCGAAGGCCAACAGAUGACAGCAAUCAGCCCCCUGGCAGAGGAGUUCUCUCCAUGCAUGGUCUCACUUAUGGAGUGAUUCGAGUGGAUUCUGAAGAAAAACUUUCUGUUCUUACUGUGCAGGAUGUUGGCCUAGUGAUGCCAGGAGCUAUAAUGUGUUCAGUGAAGCCAGAUGGAAUUCCUCAGCUCUGUAAAACAGAUGAAAUAGGAGAACUCUGUGUCUGUGCUAUUGCAACGGGUACAUCAUAUUAUGGACUCUCGGGCAUGACCAAAAAUACUUUUGAGGUAUUUCCUAUGACCAGUUCGGGUGGCCCUAUCACUGAAUAUCCUUUUAUAAGGACUGGGUUACUAGGCUUUAUAGGACCAGGUGGACUUGUCUUUGUUAUCGGCAAAAUGGAUGGUUUGAUGGUCGUCAGUGGAAGAAGACACAAUGCUGAUGAUAUUGUAGCUACAGCACUGGCAGUGGAACCAAUGAAAUUCGUCUACAGGGGGAGAAUAGCAGUGUUUUCGGUGAGUGUGCUGCACGAUGAAAGGAUAGUAAUUGUUGCUGAGCAAAGGCCAGAUUCCACAGAGGAAGACAGUUUUCAGUGGAUGAGUAGAGUUCUCCAGGCUAUUGACAGUAUUCAUCAAGUGGGAGUUUACUGCUUAGCACUCGUACCAGCAAACACUCUGCCCAAGACUCCACUGGGAGGAAUCCACUUGUCGGAAACCAAACAACUUUUCUUGGAAGGAUCCCUGCAUCCCUGUAACGUGCUGAUGUGUCCCCACACGUGUGUAACAAACCUGCCUAAACCCAGGCAAAAGCAGCCAG